GUCUGGUUGAGUUUGUGUAAUGUAAACAGAUCUAAAAUAUUUAAAUCUAUUCUGUCAUCAACAUAUUGGGGGUGUAUCCACUGGUCCUUAUUUUACUAUUUACAUACUGCAGUGCAUAUCUUUCACAUACACGUUCAAUGAUUCUGUAAAAUGCAGGGAUGUGAGAAUCUAGGAGUAGGUUUUUUUAGUCUCAUCAAGAGAAGGAAGAAGAUUUUUAGUAAUAUUACUUGUUUGGUUUUUGUCUUCAUUACAGAUCUGACAGUGGAAAUGUGGAAGAGAAAAAACAUCCUAACGCUUAUAUUGAUUGCUUUUCCGUGGACUUUGCUUGUCACAUUUUGGCAACGACAUUCUGGCAACUCUUUGUUUUCAGCUCAGAGGGAUGACAGGUCUGCGAGCAGCAGAGCCCACACACAACACUUCAGACUUCAGGAAUCCUGCAUCACCCAGAACACUAAAUUCAUGGAGGUCACCCGGACGAGGUGCACAUACAGCCGCCUCCCACCUUGCUCUGACACGCUGCCAACUCUUUACGUAAUAACGCCAACCUACAGUAGGCCCGUCCAGAAGGCGGAGUUAACACGUCUUUCUAACACCCUCCUCCAUGUGCCCAACCUUCACUGGUUGGUUGUGGAAGACUCUGCGCAAAAGACGGCUCUGGUGUCGAACCUGCUGGGAUUCUCAGGUUUAAAUUACACCCACCUGAACAUUGAGACAAUUCGGAACGUCAAAGUACGAAGGUCUACCAAAGGUUCACGGAUCCCGCGUGGCACAGAGCAGAGGAACCUUGCUCUUCGCUGGCUCAGAACUACCAUCAGCCCAAACUCAGGUCAUAAAGGGGUCGUCUACUUUGCAGAUGAUGACAAUACCUACAGCCUGGAGCUGUUUGAAGAGAUGCGCAAGACUCGCAAAGUAUCCGUUUGGCCGGUCGCAUUUGUCGGAGGUCUUCGGUAUGAAUCCCCCAAAGUCAACUCUCUGGGUAAAGUGGUCGGUUGGAAGACGGUGUUUGACCCUCUUCGACCUUUUGCAAUUGACAUGGCAGGGUUUUCUGUGAAUCUACAGCUCAUUCUCGAUACACCUCAUGCCUACUUUAAGCUUCAGGGAGUAAAGGGAGGAUAUCAAGAGAGCAGUCUGUUAAAGGAUCUGGUUACUCUGUCUGAUCUGGAACCCAGAGCUGACAACUGCACCAAGGUGAUGGUUUGGCACACCAGGACGGAAAGACCUGUGCUUGUGAAUGAAGGAAAAAAGGGAUUUACAGACGCCAAUGUGGAAGUAUGAUCAACUGCAUGUAUGCUGUAUUUUUGACGGUAGAUGGGUUUCCAAUCAAACGUGAAGCAAAUCUUUUCAAAAUUCGCAAACAUAGAAACCCAACAAAUGUGAAUUAGGUGCGUUUCCAUCAAGUUGUGCGAGUGAAUGAUGGUGAUAUUGGUAACCUACAGUAAACAAAACAAGGCACGCUUGGAAAAUGGAGACAGGACUGCUUUUAGUCAUGAUGGGGGAAGUUAUUUAUUUAUUAGCAAUGCAGCUUGUAAUUGCCAAACUGAAUGCUGUGCACAGAAGAAGGAAUGCAGCAUUUUUGAUACAGGCACUAGCAGCAAGGGCAUUAAGAUGACAUCAAGCACCAUAUAUGAUAAAGAAAGUGACAGCGGAAACAGCUAGAUGGUCCCAUGGGUUUAAUGUUCGCUAUGUCAGAAUUUAUUCGGCAAAUGCGUUACCAUCACCCAUUAUUUGCAUUUACUCUUAAAAAAUCACCUUAAGCGAACGAAAAAACUUUUUUGCGAAUUAAGUGAUUUUUAUUCGAAAUUUGCCAACUCUAUGACUUGUUUUUGAUGCAUUACUUAAAAAUGUGCAUAAAGUAAUGGUGAUAGAAACAUGGCUAGUAUUACAAGUUCUGCAACGGUAGCAAUAAAACUGUAAAUGUUUACGUUGCACCUCAUUAGAGAUGCACUGGAUUUAGUAUUUGACCAUAGUCUGAAUAGCAGUUCUCAUCACUUCAGCACUUUAUUCUCCUUUGUACACGGACAGUCUUUCCUCUAAAGCUUUAAACUAUAUCCUAAAUAUGGCUUGAAGGAAACUGACAGCUCUGUCGUGAGCUGCAGGACUCUCCGGUUAACUCUUUCCCCGCCAGGGUCUUUAAAAAAAGUUGCCAGCCAGCGGCAUAAUUUUUUAUGAUUUUAACAAAAGUUUAAUGCUUUCCAGAAAAUGUUUUUCUUUAAAUAUAUAAACAUACAAUAUAUCAAAUGAAAGAACAGAGCCUCUACUUAAAAAACAACCCUGUUUCAUCCUACCUUCAUUUGUUACAUUUUUAUCACCUGUCAAAUAUGGGUCGGUUUCUUCAACAAAAAAAAAAGAAUUUUGAGCAAAAAGCUGAGAUAACUGCAUUUUAUAAUAUUAUUGGGUUUUAUAAGUUGGGUAAGAGUGCAACCUGGUGGAUAAUAGCGUAAAUACGGAUUGCCAGAAAAACUUGUCAUUGGCAGGGAAGCGUUUUCUCUUAAUUGACGGCUUAACCCGUCAAUGGCGGGGAAAGACACAAACUUCUGUAUGAAGUAUAUUUGGUGUCUUGUGUAGAGUUCAGAUACAGUUAGAAUAGAAAUAUUUAUUUCACUGUACAGUGUUUUUUGUUAGUCAUAACCUUGACUGUGUAAAUAGGUGUGUUUGAGUUCAUGCGACGCUGCGCAGACCGAUCGGCGAGGUUUGCUGCUUGCAGUCGAGGGAGAAGUUAAAGACGAAGUUGUCAAGUGCUUGCCUUAGUGACAUUUGCGCCGUUUCCUUUUUUUGCGAAUGAAGUAAAUUAGAUGGUGAAUUUGUUAAAAACAAACCUUUUAAUAACAAGUUACAACCAGAAACACUUUAUAUUGAAUAUUUUAAUUGCUGCUUAUACUGUAUGCCCGAAAAUAUUAUUUAAAUUCCCACUAGAGUUUGGUCUUUCGCUUCUUUUAUUUUUAUUUUAUGACUUUACACUAUAUAACACAUUACGGUUAAAACCACAAAUUUAUUUGUUAGUGGAAUUGAAAGGUUCGAAAAAUGAAACGCACAUGAUCGUUGUCAUCAGUGAGGCGACCUAGGGCCCUAUUUUAAUGAUCUAAGCGCCACGAGGCACAGUUUAAGCGGGCGUGUUCGAAUCUACUUUUGCUAAUUUAAUAUCGUAAUCGGUUCUAAUUUUGUCCAAAAGACUCUAUAAUAAUCUUUUACAUUUUAAUCUUUUAAUUUUUCAUAUUUAAAAAGCGCAUUACUAACACGCUCAUUAAGUAACAAAAAAAAUAUUGCGCCAUUGACUAGACUAGGUUUUAGUUGGUCAAUGGUGUAGUCUAUUUUAGUUGCCUCAAAAUAGCAACGCGCAAGCAAUGCGCCUGAACACCUCGUUGUCAGACCAGAACGCCCAUGUGCGCAAAAUUGGGCGUAACUGCAUUUGCUAUUUAAACAACGUGGCGCUAAACAUGAAAAUCAUAAUUGCGCCGAGUUGAAACUAGCAAAAGACACUUGCAUCGCGCAUUGCGCUGGGUCUCUAAUGUUUUCCCUGAGAGUUUUAUUGACAGGUGGCCUGACCAAUCACAACACAUAUGUUAUGUGCCACAUAGCAAAAGGGGGUGGGUCUUUGCGAAAGGUCACUUGUAACAAGUUUUUAUAUACAAAGUGAGCAUUAAAGUCGCAAUAAAACGGAAGUAGCACACAGAUAAGUCAUUUGUAAAAAAUGCCACAAUAUACGAAAAGAAAUAAAAGAUUUUAAUUUAAAUUUCAUAGUGACUUUAAUACAUCUAAUACAUUAUACAGACAAUCAACAAUGUAUAUAAAUUAGUUUUUUCUAACACACAAAGCUAUCAUACCCACAAAUACACACUCACACAGACUCAGAUUUUAAUGCAAAUAAUAAUAAAUAUCUUAAAAAGUAAAAAAGUUACAAAUGUCAUGGAGUGCAAAGCCAUGUUUAGAAUACAAAAACGUCUUCAUUAAAACCAAUGACUUCCGAAAACUGUUUCUGUGAUGCUUGAUAGUCCCCAUUGUAUAAAACCUCUUUGUUAAAUAUCAACUGCCAUUCCCAGAUCGGGCGAAUCUUCAAAAUGGAUUUUAAAAUCCCCUUCGGCUUCUUCAAACACAAUGACCUGUUAAAGGACAAUGAAUCGAUCAUUCACUUAUAUUCUAGAUUAUAAAUAACUUAAAGGCGGAGUCCACGAUGUUUGAAAGCCAAUGUUGAUAUUUGAAAUCACCCAAACAAACAUGCCCCUACCCCAAUAGAAUCUGGACCUUCUGUUGAUAGACCCGCCCCACACAUACGCAACCCGGCAUUUGAUUUGAUUUGAUUGGCUAUACGUGUGUUUUGGUAGUCGGCCCGUCUCCUUUUCCAAUACGUUUUUCAAACAUCGUGGACUCCGCCUUUAAGUGUGCACUGACUUCAGCAUUGACAUGCAAAAACGUACAGCUAAAAACAAAUGAGACCUGACAAUCUAGAUUGGUGUACAGACCUUUCCGGUUCUUCAUCGACAGAAGUAACAAAAAGACAAAUAUUUUGUAUUAGCUGACCUGGUUCAUUCCACUGUUAAGGAACGGCCCUGGCAGAAACAGAGCCUGCUGCGGUCCAGCUUCCCAAUAGCGUCCAAUGUUCUGGCCGUUAAUAAAGACGACACCUUUACUCCAGCCCUGCAUCAGAACAAUAAUGUCAUCAAUAAUGCUUUUAGGAAAUUCGCUAAAAUUGUGUUCUUGGCAUUUUAAUUUUUAAAUACUGAACCGGCAAUUUGAUGAACGUGUCACUGGGAUAGCCGUUCACAAAUAUCCUGCCCUGGAAAAAUCCAGGGAAGCUUGGUUUUUUGGGGGGGAUCUUCCAAGGUGCACUGUACAAUCUGAAAACGAAAUCACAUGAUUUGUAAAUCAUUCAAUUAUGUUCAUGUUCUUUCAUAUCAUUGUAAGAUUAAUAGUUUUAUAAUACAAACCUGUCAAAGAAAUCUGAUGUCAUAUCCAGACUGUAGAUUGUGAAAUCUCGAAGUGGCACAUUAUUGAAUAAAAUGUCCCCGACAAUGCCUGAAAAUAAAUAUUCAAUAUGA